GUGGUGCCACGUCAGCAUCCGAAUUUUGGACUUUGGCCGGCAGUUUCCUUACCUUCGUUUCUUAACGCCGAAGAGACCGACUCGAGGCAAUCGAUUUAUAUAAACCCACUUCCUCCGGCGACGAUGACCAUGCCCUCGUUCCGCUCCCUUCUCUCCGUACUUUCUCUCCUUUCCCUUGCCGUGCUACUCGACCCCUCCCCUCUCUCUGUCUCGCCCUACGCCAUGGCCGAUGCAACCACGAAGCUCCCGGAGACGGAGGAGGCUACCGUCCAAAUCGUCUUCGUAGAAAAGCCCGAGACUGAAGAACCCGAGGCCUUCCACAUCCGAACCCUCGCCGCCGUUCUCGGCAGCGAGGAAGCCGCCAAGGAAUCCCUGAUUUAUCAUUACACACAUGCAGCUAGUGGAUUCUCGGCGAAGCUGACCAAGUCACAGAUCGAGGAAUUAUCGAAGCAACCCGGCGUUUUUCGGGUUAUGCCAAGUAGGACUCUGAACCUCAUGGGAGGAGGAUCCGGCCCCUCUGCCGGUGCUCGUGGUUUUGGUCUCGCACGGCACAUGUAGAUGUGAACUCUAGUAAAUGAAGAAAUGGUAAGUGCAUAAGAGACUUUGAGUUUUAUAUAAAAAUCUAAUAAUGUCGCGCUCGAUAUGAUGUGUGAAACUGAUUGCGCAGUCUUAAUUGUUUCAUUGGCAAUGCUAAACUGGUUCAUACUUCUCGUUUGCUCUCAUUGUUUUGGCCAGUGCUAUGUUUUGAUAGAGCCUCGGUUGCGAUGUUAUCUCAGAAGAGUGUUAAUUUACUUACCUCUUGUGAGUUUGGAAAGGCUCAAGUUUGCAACUUCGCAUUA